AUGGAUAGCAUUGAAGAGUGUAAUAAAUUGGUAGAUGCGGUGACCAAAUUGGCUACAUCAUUUGAUUACCAAGCGCAAGAAUAUCUAUACAAUCUUACCCGCGAUGAAAAUGCAAUUAACAUUGCAUUAUCCUUUCUAUUAUCCAAUAAAUACGUGUUGAACUAUUCAAGCAGUUACAGCAACGAAAUUUUACAAUAUAUAACCGAUGUUCGUGGCCCAAGCAGUUGUUGCAUCUGGGACAAUAUCCAAUUGGACGAAAAUACCAGUAGGCAUCUGGGCCACAUAACGUCUAUUUUGUUUAAGGAGCAUAUGCAUAUAGUUUUGUGUUUCGACGAUGCAAAGCUUAUUGCACUUAUUGAUACAUUGGUUACUAUUUGGCAAUUACAAUCAACUAUAUCACUAGUAACUCAAAGCUGUUUCGCUGAUAAUGCUACUGAUGAUCAUAUAACGAGAGUUAUUUCUAUGAUUAUAUUCAAAAAGCCGCAAUUAUUAACCCACUUCAUCAACAUACUAAACACUCCCGAGGUAACUGAUAAGUAUGUGGCUGAUUUCUCAAUGAAAUUUAAAUUAAGAAAUUGCGAUAGAGAUGAUAUUUAUGUCACAAGGUAUAGGCAUAUGAUUGUCUAUGUGUUAGCUCAGGUGCUUGAAAAUUUUGUGUCUUCGAACGUUACUGAUAAGAUAUCUUUUUUGCCAAUUAACUUCUCAGAUUUAGUCAUAUUGUCGGGAAAUUGUAACAAUAGGUAUCUUUACUCAUGCGCGUUAUUAAUUGUAAAUUCAUUGAACUUUCACAUUUCAGAAGAGUUAUUACAUCAAUUAUUGGUAAUUGUUGAGAAAUCUGGAUUUGACUGCGAUAUACUUGAGAUGUGGAAUUUUGCAAUCAGUCAUUUACAAUAUUUGAAAGUUGACAAUUUCAUGAUGAAAUCUUUCAGGUUAGUCCAAAACGGGCUCAUUGAAUCCACAAAUCCAAUAAACAUUGUGCCUGUAUUAAACGGUAUAACAGUAUACUAUGUUAAUAAUUCAUCAGUUCCAACUGAGAUCGUAAGAGCUUACAGGCAAUUGCUUUCCGUCGAAUCCCUUGACAUUCCCAUUGAAAUCGGUGAGUUAUUUGCAGCUGUCCGAAAUGCUUGCACUGAAAGUCUGAUUACGUAUGAUAAAAUUGCUUCAUUUGUGUCGCAAUUUGACAUAAGAAUGAUUUCAAGUAGGUUAAUUGAACUUUGCAAUCCUAACAUGCAAUGUUGGUCUUGGUUGAAUGUAAAUUGUUGUGUAGAAGAAUUUCCCACGGAUUAUGACAUAUACAUUGAUUCUAUGAAAAAUGUAUUUAAAGACCUAUUUUUCAUCUUACCAGAACAACUUUUAGACACUAUAAUAAGUGAGAUAUUACAAUCUGUAAAUGAAAAUACGGAAACGUCACUAAUAGCAUUAAUUUGCUAUGAUUGCCUAGAAGUAAGGCAUGCAUUGGCAAUUCUAGACAAGAUUAAAUCAUUGUUUACGCUGAAAUUGUCUUCAAACUACGAUUUCAUCCUUACUUGUAUGUUUUGCCAAUCCAUAUUUGUGCCUCAUUUGCACAGGAUAAAAGAUAUAUUAUUCCAGAGAUUUGUUAUCAACAUGAAAAUAUCGAAUAUUUGGUCUAAAAGACUGGCUAAAUGUAUAGCAAUAUUGAACGAUAGGGAUUCCGUUCAUAGCGUGAUUGAAUGUGUUCAGUAUAUAUUGGAAACUUCUAAAUCCAAGGGUGUAUUGUCACAAAAUCACUAUCCUUCAAUUCUAUCAUUGUCAAAUCUUUUAGAUACGUUGCCACAAAUGCCUUGUGAUGUUAAUUUGACUGGAUCCAAUUAUAUUUUUUGCAAAUGCUUGCUCGCGUUAAGUAUUUCUACUAGACAAUUAUCACAAAUAUUGCCAAAAAUCGCUCUCAAUUUGGAUAUACUAUAUGAAGGUGAUGUGGACAACGAUUUGUUUUGUUUAUCAACAUCUGAUAGCCAAGCUGCAGUUAACUUAUUGAUGCAACUAUAUAUACAAAAUAAGGUAACCGAUAUACCUAAUGAAUUGCACGAGAUACGUCACCCCGGGCUUUUAAUGUUAUGUAAUUUGAAUGAAAAUUUUGAACAAUUCAGGAUGAAUAAGUGUGUAGAGUUCAUGUCAACGGUCAGCCAAGAAUCUUGCUGUCACUGUGCAUGGGCCUGUAUUGCCUAUGCAUCUUAUGUUAUCGAACAGAAAUUCAACUUUGAAUUUUCAAUGGAGAUGGUUAAAGUGAUAUAUAGGGUGUUACCAUGUUUAAUUAAAAUGGUUAAGUCCAAGAAUGAGCCUUUACAUUGGGAUUUAGAUGCAAUUUUGGAGUACAGAAUUAAUGAAAUACAUCCUUCAAUUAAGUGUCUAAAGGGGACAAUUUGGAAUAUUUACUAUGAUGGUACAGUUAGUGUCGGCUCUGACGCUUGUAAAUAUUUAUCACUAGUAAAUAAAUAUGCUCCAAGAAUCAUUAAAAGUUUAUCAAAUCCAAAUGUAUUGCAGUUGGUGUAUCAAAUUUCAAUGUGUACUGGAUCCAUUGAAGUUAUAGCAAAUAAAAUCGCAAUUUCACUAUGA